AGCGCCACGCUUGGGACGCCCAACUGAGUUGGAAUGAUAACGCCAAGACCCUUCCGACCGAGGUUUCAACCUGGCCAGCAGUCCGUCCAAAACUCCAGUCUUGAUUGACACCUGGCCCUCGUCUAGCUUAUCGUACGCUAUAAAAUCCACACCCUCGAGUACCGUGGCACAGUGACGUCGACUUUGGUGCAGAGAUGUUGGCGCUUUGCUGGCUUUGUGGCCUGGCCCUUAGUUGUUGGAUGGUUGGCAUUCGUGGGGAGGUGGCUCUGAAUCAGGAGGAUUACAACAAGACGUGGAUUUACAUGCCCAAUGGACAGGGUAAGCCCGAGGUGGCCUAUCUGGUGGAACCUCCGCCCGAAAACCGCAUCAAUCUGCCACAGCUCAUCAAGUUUGAACUUUACGGAAGCGACUCCAGUUCCAGCGCCGACUUCUGGAUAGAUGAUAAUAACUUUGAGUUUCCGCAGCGCCACAAGCGAGACACCUGGCAGGAGAUGGCGGAGAAAUUCAAUCCGGAACUGGACACCAAGAUACUCGUUCACGGCUGGAAGUCCAGCACCAUGAGCAAUUCGAUUCAAUCGAUUCGUGGUGCCUAUAUCGAACGUGGCCAGGUGAACGUGUUCGCCAUCAACUGGAAGGAUCAGGCGGAUAAUAUAUACUAUCUAACCCCGGCGCGAUAUACGGUGCAGGUGGGCAGGGCGGUGGCCAAGCUAAUUGAUCUGCUGGUGGAGGAGAAGGAUGCGGAUCCGAAUAGGAUCCAUUUGAUUGGCCAUAGUCUGGGCGCGCACAUCAUGGGCUAUGCUGGCUCGUACACAAAGUACAGGGUGAACCGCAUCACGGGCUUGGAUCCAGCUCGUCCCGCUUUCGAGGAUUGCAUCGGUCCGGAGAAUCACUUGGACGACACGGACGCCAACUUUGUGGAUGUCAUACACAGCUGUGCCGGAUACCUGGGAUUCCGCAAGCCGAUUGGUAUGGUGGAUUUCUAUCCCAAUGGCGGAGGACCACCGCAACCAGGCUGCAAGGAGCUGUCACAGAUUUUCACUGGCUGCAGUCAUGGACGUUCCUAUGAAUAUUACGCGGAGUCGAUUAACUCGCCCAAAGGAUUUUACGGUGUUCCCUGCUCUGGACUGGAUGAACUGAAGGGAAAGAAUUGCACUGGCGGCAAGAUCCUCAUGGGUGAUCCAGUUCCUCGAGAAGCUCGGGGUAUAUUCUUUGUGAAGACGGCCAACAAACCGAGCUACGCCUUGGGUAUCGAUGAUGUAUGGAGUAAUUGAGCAUACUAAUAGUUUAUGUUUAUUAUAAACAUUAUUAAAGUAUAUCCCAUA